AUGCAUUCCAAACCUUCAGCUCUCUCAGAGUAUGUAAAGGCCCUCGUCAGCCUCGAGAUGAGAACUCAAGGGGUGGAGGGCAGCCAGCUCCUGUCGAAGGAUGGUGCUCUGGGCACAGCUACUGCACCGCUCCACAUGGUUACAAUGGAGAAGGGCAAGAUAUGGAAACUGCUAUGGCCCACCUUCGGGACCAUCGCUGCUGCCGGCCUAGCUACUGGCCUUGCGACCUAUGGCGGCAAGGCUCUUGGUGACAAGGUGUCUGAGAAGGUAAUUGAGGCUGCUGAUCAGGGCCUUGUAGUCUUUGCCGGUAGUACGUUCAGUGGUCAGAAAACAAAAGUUGGUAAUUUUGGCAGUUUGAAAGAGGUAACCUCGACCACCACGAAAUUCCGUGAUGUAAAGGGGGCUGACGAAGCCAAAGCUGACCUCGAGGACAUUGCUCACUACCUACGAGAUCCCAAGCGUUUCACGAGCCUUGGUGCCAAGCUUCCAAAGGGCGUUCUGCUUUCUGGUCCACCAGGCACAGGGAAGACCAUGUUGGCGAGGGCGUUGGCCGGGGAAACUGGCGUCCCGUUCUUCGCGUGCAGCGGCAGCGACUUCGAGGACAAGUAUAUCGGUGUUGCCUCUAAAAGAGUGAGGGAGCUCUUUAGUGAAGCAAAGAAGCGCUCCCCUUGCAUAAUAUUCAUCGAUGAAAUCGAUGCCAUUGCUGGUCCUAGAAAUACAGAAGAUCCAAUGUGGAUGAGGCAUACCCUGAACCAGCUGCUUUCUGAGAUGGAUGGCUUCAAGCAGAAUGACGGGGUCAUCGUGAUCGCCGCGACCAACUUCAAGGAGUCGCUAGAUAAAGCCCUCGUCAGGCCUGGGCGUUUUGACCGUCAUGUCCACGUUCCUCUUCCAGAUGUCGAGGGCCGACGCCAGAUCCUCGAGUCUUAUAUCUCAAAGGUGAAAGCCAAGGGUGUGGAUGUGUUGACAAUCGCUACAGGGACACCUGGGCUCUCGGGUGCAGACCUUGCAAACAUGGUGAAUGAGGCCGCCCUCACCGCUGCCAAGGACGGGGCGAAAGCUGUUACGAUGCAUCACCUAGAGUAUGCCAAGGACAGGAUCAUGAUGGGCAGCGAGCGCAAGUCGGCGGUGAUACCUGAUCAUGCCAGGAAGAUGACUGCCUACCAUGAGGGAGGGCACGCUCUUGUUGCUAUCUUCACUGAAGGCGCUGACGCUGUCGAGAAGGCUACCAUUGUUCCCAGGGGGGAUGCUCUUGGCAUGGUGAUGCAGCUGCCGGGGGAAGACGCCGAGUUUGAACUCUCGAGGAAGAAGAUGCUGGCGACUCUAGAUGUCCUGAUGGGCGGGCGGGUGGCCGAGGAGCUUAUAGCCGGAGAAGGCGGGGUCACCACUGGCCCCUCAUCUGAUCUAAGCGGGGCGACUCAGCUGGCGACUGACAUGGUCACCAAGUAUGGCAUGGGCAAGCGGGUGGGCUUUGUUACCUACAGCAAUGGCGGUGAUGCUAGCGGUGGCAAGGCGACGAACAUGAGCGGGCGGAUGUCAGAACUGGUUGACGAGGAGGUGAAAGAAUUACUGGACAAUGCUUACAAGAACGCCAAAGCGGUUCUCACGGAUCGUAGGAAGGAGCUUGAUGCGCUAGCCAACGCCCUCCUGAAGGAUGAGACUCUCACUGGUGACCAGAUCAAGAAACUAGUAACAGGAGGUGGAAGUAAAUGGUUUUGACAAUAGUCCUUUGACAGCGAAGAGAUUGAACAGACAGUUUGGUCAUGUCUCUUCUUUUUGGUUCAUUAUUAUAGCUGCAUACACACAAGUGUAAAGAAGAUGU